UACUUUGCUUUCAGAUUCCUUUUGAUAGGUUAUAUAUAGCCAUAGAGUUAGUUAUCUGUAGCUGAUUGUGAAUUUGAUCAGUAAUAAAAAAUAUCCACUUUCAGCUAUCAUCUUCUUUUCCUUUACUUCAUGGAUUCCGCUCAUAACUUACUAUGGUAUCAGAGCCUAGGUUGAUCAUAGGUUCUGACUUUUGUUUUUCUUCUUUUUCAUUUCUACAAUAGAGUUGUAUUCAAUGGCUGAAAGCGAUGGCUCCAAUGUUGAGAAAAUCUCUCGCUCCCCAUCAUCAAUACCAGUUCUGUCUCAAAUGCAUCUGAUAGCUGGUGAGAGAGCAAGUUAAGAUUUUGUGCGGCUAAAAAAUUUUGUGCGACUGAGAUUGAGACUGGAGGAGAUGGUGUUGAUGAAGAUGGUGAUAGAGCUAGUUGAGAUUGCAGCAAGGAGAUUAGUUGUUGACAUUGAUCAGAUGAGGGCAAACUCAGGUUUGGACCUACAUCAACAGAGGGAGAAUCAUCCACAAAAUUGAUUAGUUUAUGUCAAACUUGCUGAUGUGAAGCAAUCUAAGAAGGAGGAGAAGACUCAAGCCAGCUGGAAAGAUGUACUUUUGGGACCACCUCCGAUGAAGUUGGAUAAGAGAAAAGAGAUGCAGCACAUGGCAUGUGGUCCUGCUAUUCUUGCAUCGUGUUGAAUUGCUAUUGAUUGAUAAUUGUAGUUUGUUGGAGUACUCUGCUUUUUGAUUCCUUUUGAUAGGUUAUAUAUAUAGCCAUAGAGUUAUCUGUAGCUGAUUGUGAAUUUGAUCAGUAAUAAAAAAAUAUCCACUUUCAGCUGUCAUCUUCUUUUCCUUUAAUUCAUGGCUUCCGCUCAUAACUUAUUAUGGUAUCAGAGCUUAGGUUGAUCCUAGGUUCUGACUUUUGUUUUUCUUCUUUUUCAUUUCUACAAUAGAGUUGUAUUCAAUGGCUAAAGGCGAUGGCUCCAAUGUUGAGGAAAUCUGUCGCUCCUCAUCAUCAAUAAUACGCAUACGGAGAGCAAUUGUUUGAUCUGGAAACAACAGAUCAUGUCCACAAUUCGAGCUUUUGAUCUAGAACCCUUUCUCUUCGAGGAACAUGAUGUGCCACCUCGAUUGAUAGCUAUUGAAGGAACUUCCCAGCUGAAGAUGAAUCCAGAGUAUUUCCCAUGGAAAAGGCAAGAUCAGUUACUAGCCUUAUGGCUGCAAUCUUCACUCACAGAGAGUAUUUUAGGGCUUGUGGUUGGCCUCACUACCAACAAGCAGAUCUGGAAGGCAGGCCUUGGAAACUAGCUUUGCAAGUCAAUCCAAAGCCAAAAUGAUGGUGUACAAAAUGCAGCUGCAAUCGGUGAAGAAGGAUACUCUGUCCAUGAUAGAGUAUCUAGGAAAAAAAAUAUUGUGACCUUCUUGCUGCUGUUGGUUGCAAAGUUUCAGAAGAUGAUCAGAUUCUCUAUGCUCUCAACGGACUUGGUGGAUAGUAUGAUCCUGCGAUCGUUGCUAUUACAGCUAGAGUUGAUGGUUGGACUAUGCAAGAGGUAACUUCUUUAGAGAAAAUCGGGUUUCUAGGCCAAUUGGCCUUUAAAGUUACGCAAAUGUACCCACUCUGUUAUCUAUUCCAGUUAUAGGAAACACGCCAACCUCAUUGGCGUUUUGUUUUAGUGAAAACGCCAACUAAGAUGGCGUUUUAUAAUGUCUCGUAUUUUGCCCGUAUUGUCUCCCAUUACAGUUACGUUAAAACACGCCAAUUGUGUUGGCGUUUACUACCUAAAAACGCCAAUUGCGAAGGCGUGUUUAUGAAAUAAAAAACACCGACGGAAAUUGCGUAUUUUCUAAAAGACGCCUUCGAAGUUGGCGUCUUUAAGUACAGAAACGCCAACUACAUUGGCGGGUUUACAUAAAAAACGCCAACCCCAAUGGCGGGUUUUUACAGACUGUUAUAGCAGCCCCUCAUCUUCCAAAUCGCGAAAAACACACACCACACACCAUUCGCGAUUUUCCAUAGUAGCAGCGCCUCUCGUCGGGAAUUCCUCCUACUCUCCGUGAUUUCGCCCUCCAUUUAUCAAUCGGUGCUAGUUUUCCCCAAAAUCUUCCAAUUUAUUUGGUAAUUUAUGGCAUCUUCUUCAACUUCUCGUCGUCGGCUCUUAUGUGGUCCUGAGGACCCCUCCGUAUUAUAUCUGCAGAGACAACACGUCUCUAAUAACAUAUGGGCAGGAGUGCCAUCAGAAGACGUACGGUGUAGAAGAUACGAAGGAAUCAUAUGGGAUGUUCCCAUAAAUCCUCGUGUUUUGGCGGUUAUAGAUGAGAUGGGGUUCGGCGGGAUGUUGAGGUGUGGUCAACCGAAAGACAUUGACCACCAUCUUAUCACCGCUUUGAUCGAACGUUGGAGGCCUGAGACUCAUACGUUUCAUUUUCCAGUCGGUGAAGCGACUGUGAGCUUAGAAGACGUGGAGGUCUUAUGGGGCCUCAAAACUGACGGUGAGCCUCUGACGGGUUACAUCCCCACUAAGGGUGUCGGAUAUUGGAAGAAUGUUUGUUUGGAUUUUCUUGGCUUUAUUCCAGAUGCAGUUGAUCUAAAAGAAAUGAACUGGAAGCAGACAAGCUUAUCAAACCAACUGCGGAUUGAGCUGAGUGAUGACCACGAGCAAUACAUGUACAAUCAACGUGCUCGUGUGUAUUGUCUGCUAUUACUGGGUGGUCUACUGAUCCCGAACGCCACCGGUAAUAAAAUUCCCUUCUUCUACCUUCAGUUUUUCAUGGAUAUAGAACAAUGUGGUAGCUAUAGCUGGGGAGGUGCGACUCUUGCCUGCUUGUACCACAAUCUAUGUGAAGCUGCACUUGGUAAGAGGACCGAUGUCGGGGGAGCUCUUACAUUGUUACAGCUGUGGGCUUGGGAGAGAAUCCCAAUUAUUAGACCGCAGAUACUGAACCCCACGCCCGUAGACUACUUACCAUGUGCAGUCGCGUAAGUUGUCCACUAAUUACUUUUUUAAGCAUAAUUGUUAUUGAUUUUUGUGUUGUUCGCUCAUAAUUUAAUUUUUGUAGCAAUACCAAUUUUCCAAACAAGUCUUUUUACCAUGAUGCCUUUAUGAUUCUGCAAAAGAUUCUUUCUAACAUGUACCAAGCAAAAUCGGUGAUGCCCCACAUUGGGUUCUUCUUUCCAUAUGGGAGAAUUCAUUGCAUCUAUGAUUCCCACAUGCCUAUCUGAUAUUACACAUAUUUCAUGCUUU